GGUACACACUAUAUAACACAGAUAAUAAAUGUGUGUUGACAUCUAUAAUCCUAACUCUCUUAACUUUCAUAGAUCUUAAUAAUUAUUGCAAUAGGAGUUUGACUUAUUCUGCUCUACAAAUUCUGUUUUAUAUAGCACAAUUAACGACUUAAAAUCGUAAGAUGCCUGUUGUCGAUGAAAUCCAGUCUUCUUGGGCCGAUGAAGUGGAAAUUGAUCAAGGGGAGCUCCCACCACCUUCGGAAGUUGUUGAAAAUGGAUUAAAAAUUGUCACUGAAUAUAAAUACGAUAAUGAUAACAAAAAAGUUAAGAUUGUUCGUACAUAUAAGAUAGAAAAACGUGUUGUUUCAAAGAGUAUUGCAAAACGUAAAACAUGGAACAAAUUCGGUGAUUCCGCUAAUGACAAACCUGGUCCUAAUCCUGCCACUACUAAUGUUUGUGAGGAUGUAUUCAUGCAGUUUAUAACAAGCAAAGAAGAAGCACAGAGACCAGAUGAAGGUGAUUUGGAAGCUCUGAAGGCAAGACCUACUAAAGUGCUAUUCAAGUGCCGUACAUGCCAAGGAGAACAUUGGACAUCAAGUUGUCCAUUCCAGCACACACAAUUAGCACAAUCCAAGGCAAUGGAAGCUGCCAAAGCGGCUGAAGCCAAAACCUCAUCAACUAAGUAUGUUGUACCUCAUGCAAGAGAAGGUGCUUCUCAUAUGAGCCGUGAUCAACUAGGAAGAAGAGAUGAUGUUGCUGCUAUUCGUAUUUCUAAUCUAAGUAACUUUGCUGUUGAAGCUGAUCUUGAUGACCUUGUUAAACCCUUUGGACCAGUACAUAAGUUAUAUCUCGCUAAAGAAAAGAGUACUGGCCAAUGCAAAGGUUUUGCUUAUGUGCACUUCAAAUUCCGUGAUGAUGCAGCCAAAGCGAUUGAGACUCUCAAUGGAUAUGGUUAUGAUCAUUUAAUCUUGAAUGUGGAAUGGUCCAAACCGCCUCAGAACAACUAACAUUUUGUAAAAUACACAUUGAACUUUCCAUUACAGAAUUAUAAUAAAUCUACAUUGACUUUA